AUGGAGGCACAGAACCGUAUACGUGAACUAGAGGAGGAACUAAAAGAACUCAAAGCCAGCUGCCAACCUCAAAGUGAUACAGCACGAUCGUUAUCUGAAGGUGUCGAAUUGGCGAUCCAAGUGUGUAACGAUGAUUAUAACAUCCUGCGGCAAAUCCUGGCAGAUUUGACGGGAAAUAAUGUGGAAGAUGCCAGGGCUAAACUUCACAGGCUGUUAGAAGAAGGACCUACGAUUGCUGGCCACUUCAAACAUGUUGGAGAUGCGCAUAACGAGCUGCUUGAGUAUCAAAAACGUCGGACUGCAUUUCACAGGAAUCGUGCACGCAACUUACGCGCAGAGCGCAAUCGUGCUACAAUCGAGUUAGCUCAGAUCCAUGAGGGCGCCGCGGAAAUGGUUAAGGACGGCGAUAACAUGAGCAUAGAAGAGGCACGCAGUAUAAUCGCGACAUUGGAAGCUUCAAUGGCGGAUGCCACCUUCGAAGUCGAAAAGCUCGCUCAGAAUCUCCAAGCUCUUCCGGAUCAAAUUGACCCCGCGGACACAGACGACCAGGUUGAUAUCGAUCAAGAUACUGAGAAUAUCGCCAUUUCAAAAGGGAGAAGAGAGCUCUCAGUAUUGCUCGGAAAUUUAAACUCACUAGUUACAACCUUUAAAUUGACAACCAGACCACCCGGUCAGCAACCCCAACAAGAUAUCGCCCCUCUACAGGAUAAGAUAUCGGAAUUAGAAAUAGAGAUAGGCAUGAACACGGACGAAAUCAAGGACGCGAGAAAAGAUCUUGAAACAUGCAAGGAGCAUGGGAAAAUUUUAGAGAAAGAGAUCGGGGAGUUGAAGGCGAGGCUCUUGGAAGCCCAUAACAAUAAUCAACAACCCCAGAACAAUAAUAACCCAGACUAUAUAAUUAAACACCUUCGGGGGCGCGUCACGACGGCACAGGAGGUUGCGGAACAACGAAGGAAGGAGUUGCGAAAACUGAAGUGGGGCCUGCAUGAUGAGCGGGCCGCGUGGACCGCGGCCAUGAAGGAGAACAAAACAUUAGAAGCUGAAAUUUUCAAGCUCAAGAGUGAGAUUAAGGAGUUAAAAGAAUUCAACUACAACAAUACGGUUUCAAAUACCAAAGAACAAGGCUCACUGGCAGAAGAAAAUAUAAGACUUGGAAAUGUUAUCAAGCAUCUCAAACGCCAGAAGGAGGCUGAGCAGACCAAAUUGAAUGAGACUGAGAAGUGCUUUGAUCUUCUUGUCGCCCAAAUGGAUCAACAAGAAGAGGAGUGGAAACAAGAGAAGAAGAGUCUAGACGCUGAAAUCGCCAGGUUGCGACGGCAACCGAUAGGGGAAGGUGGCGAAGAAAUUAAAAGGCUUACCACUAAACUAGAGAGUCUUAAGGAGGAAAGAGAACGCGAGAAUAGGGAAUGUAAGCAAGAGAAGCAAAGACUCGAAAAGGAAACUGGAAAGUUGGAACUUCGACUUCAACAAGCGAUAGGCGAACACGCGGAAGAGAUUAAAAGGCUUACCACUGAACUAGAGGAUCUUCGGAAAGAACUGGAUCGCAAGGGUAAUGAAUAUGGGCCAGGGAGGCAGAUAGACGAGAGACAAAUUGCUGCGCUGCAAGAGCGACAUGCAGAACAGAUAAAAAUCAAAGAGCAAGAGGUCAGAGAACUUAGCGCUAAACAGAGGGAGCUUCUGGAGCAGAGGGACGGCGAGAAUAUGGAAUGUGAGCAAGAAAAAAGUCGUCUAUACGCCGAGAUCCAAGCUCUCAGUGCCCAGAUCGAUGAUCUUCGACGAGCGCGGGAAGAAUCUGAAGUAGUGGGGGAGUUGAGAAACACGAUUGCCGUAGAUUUGCGGCAAGAGCUAGAAGAUUGCCGAGCUGAAACAUGGCAACAACGCCGCGACCGCACCAAACACCCAAGGCCACCCCCAGGACCAGGACCGGACCCAGACCCGGAACCAGAACCAGAACCAGAAAAGCCCCCCCGUAAACCGAAGCGGAAAAGGGAGGAUCCUGCCUUGAAGGACUUGAGGGAAUGGGAAAAGAAUGGUGAUUUGGAUAAGCAUCUUACGAGUGGCAAAAGAAGGAGACGUUAA